AUGGCAACCAUUGGGCGCAGAGCAGAGCAGGAACCAGCAGCGACCCAGAGUGGAGCAGGGAUGGCAGCAAUAAAGCCCAGAGCGAAGCGGGGUCAGCCAGGGGCCCAGAAUGGAGCAGGGUCAACCCGCGGCCCAGAGUGGAGCAGGGUCAACCCAGGGCCCAGAAUGGAGCAGGGUCAACCCGGGGCCCAGAGUGGAGCGGGGUCAACCCAGGGCCCAGAAUGGAGCAGGGUCAAACCGGGGCCCAGAGGGGAGCGGGGACAACCAGGGGCCCAGAGUGGAAUGGGGUCAACCUGGGGCCCAGUGUGGAGCGGGGUCAGCCUGGGGCACAGAGUGGAGCAGGGUCUGCCAGGGACUCAGAGUGGAAAGGGGUCAAUCAGGGACUCAGAGUGGAGCGGGGUCAGCCAGGGACUCAGAGUGGAGUGGGGUCAACCCGGGGCCCAGAGUGGAGCGGGGUCAGCCAGGGACCCACAGUGGAGCGGGGUCAACCCGAAGCCCAGAGUGGAGCGGGGUCAGUCAGGGACCCAGAGUGGAGCGGGGUCAACCCGAAGCCCAGAGUGGAGCGGGGUCAGCCAGGGACUCAGAGUGGAGUGCGGUCAACCCGGGGCCCAGAGUGGAGCUGGGUCAGUCAGGGACUCAGAGUGGAGCGGGGUCAACCCGGGGCCCAGAGAGGAGCGGGGUCAGCCAAGGGCCCAGAGUGGAGCAGGGUCAGCCAGGGACCCAGAGCAGAGCAGGGUCAGCCAAGGGCCCAGAGUGGAGCAGGGUCAGCCAGCGACCCAGAGCAGAGCAGCGUCAGCCAGGGACUCAGAGUGGAGCGGGGUCUGUCAGGGGCCCAGAGUGGAGCGGGGUCAGCCAAGGGCCCAGAGUCGAGCCGGGACAACCAGGGACCCAGAGAGGAACGGGGUCAGCCAGGGACCCAGAGUGGAGCAGAGUCAACCCGGGGCCCAGAGUGGAGCGGGGUCAGCCAGGGACCCAGAUUGGAGCGGGGUCAGCCAGGGACCCAGAGAGGAGCAGGGUCAGCCAGGGACCCAGAGUGGAGCAGAGUCAACCCGGGGCCCAGAGUGGAGCGGGGUCAGCCAGGGACCCAGAUUGGAGCGGAGUCAACCCGGGGCCCUGACUGGAGCGGGGUCAGCCAGGGGCCCAGAGUGGAGCAGGGUCAACCAGGGACCCAGAGCAGAGCAGCGUCAGCCAGGGACUCAGAGUGGAGCGGGGUCAACCCAGGGCCCAGAAUGGAGCGGGGUCAACACGGGGCCCAGAGGGGAGCGGGGACAACCAUUGGCCCAGAGUCGAGCGGGGUCAACCCAGGGCCCAGUGUGGAGCAAGCGGGGUCAACCCGGGGCCCAGAGUGGAGCAGGGUCUGCCAGGGACUCAGAGUGGAGAGGGGUCAACCAGGGGCCCAGAGGAGAGCGGGGUCAGCCAGGGACCCAGAGUGGAGUGGGGUCAACCAGGGACUCAGAGCAGAGCAGGGUCAGCCAGGGACCCAGAGUGGAGCGGGGUCAACCAGGGGCCCAGAGUGGAGCGGGGUCAGCCAGGGACCCAGAGUGGAGUGGGGUCAACCAGGGACUCAGAGCAGAGCAGGGUCAGCCAGGGACCCAGAGUGGAGCGGGGUCAACCAGGGGCCCAGAGUGGAGCGGGGUCAGCCAGGGACUCAGAGUGGAGCGGGGUCAGCCAGGGACCCAGAAUGGAGCGGGGUCAACCCGGGGCCCAGAGUGGAGCAGGGUCUGCCAGGGACUCAGAGUGGAGAGGGGUCAACCAGGGGCCCAGAGGGGAGCGGGGUCAGCCAGGGACCCAGAGUGGGGCAGGGUCAACCAGGGGCCCAGAGUGGAGCGGGGUCAGCCAGGGACCCAGAGUGGAGCGGGGUCAACCAGGGACACAGAGGGGAGAGGGGUCAACCAGGGACUCAGAGUGGAGCGGGGUCAGCCAGGGUCCCAGAGUGGAGCAGGGUCAGCCAGGGACCCAGAGUGGAGCGGGGUCAACCAGGGGCCCAGAGUGGAGCGGGGUCAGCCAGGGACUCAGAGUGGAGCGGGGUCAACCAGGGGCCCAGAGUGGAGCGGGGUCAACCAGGAACCCAGAGUGGAGCGGCGUCAGCCAGGGGCCCAGAGUGGAGCGGGGUCAACCAGGGGCCCAGAGUGGAGCGGGGUCAGCCAGGGUCCCAGAGUGGAGCAGGGUCAGACAGGGACCCAGAGUGGAGCAGGGUCAACCCGGGGCCCAGAGUGGAGCGGGGUCAGCCAGGGGCCCAGAGUGGAGCGGGGUCAGCCAGGGGCCCAGAGUGGAGCUGGGUCUGCCAUGGGCCCAGAGUGGAGCUGGGUCAGCGAGGGGCCCAGAGUGGAGCAGGGUCUGCCAGGGGCCCAGAGCGGAGCUGGGUCUGCCAGGGGCCCAGAGUGGAGCGGGGUCACCCAGGGGCCCAGAGCGGAGCUGGGUCCGCCAGGGGCCCAGAGUGGAGCGGGGUCUGCCAGGGGCACAGAGCAGAGCUGGGUCUGCCAGGGGCCCAGAGUGGAGCUGGGUCUGCCAGGGGCCCAGAGUGGAGCGGGGUCUGCCAGGGACCCAGAGCAGAGCAGGGUCAGCCAAGGGCCCAGAGUCGAGCGGGGUCAGCCAGGGACCCAGAGAGGAACGGGGUCAGCUAGGGGCCCAGAGUGGAGCAGGAUCAUCCAGGGACCCAGUGUGGAGCGCGGUCAGCCAGGGGCCCAGAGUGGAGCGGGGUCAGCCAGUGACCCAGUGUGGAGCGGGGUCAGCCAGGGACCCAGAGCAGAGCAGGGUCAACCAGGGGCCCAUGGUCGAGCGGGGUCAUCCAGGGACUCAGAGUGGAGCGGGGUCAACCAGGGACUCAGAGCAGAGCAGGGUCAGCCAGGGACCCAGAGUGGAGCGGGGUCUGCCAGGGGCCCAGAGUGGAGCGGGGUCAGCCAGGGGCCCAGAGUGGAGCGGGGUCUGCCAGGGACCCAGAGUGGAGCAGGGUCAGCCAGACACCCAGAGUGGAGCAGGGUCAGCCAGCGACUCAGAGUGGAGCAGCGUCAACCAGGGGCCCAGAGUCGAGCGGGGUCAACCAGGGGCCCAGAGUCGAGCGGGGUCAACCAGGGACUCAGAGUGGAGCGGGGUCAGCCAGGGACCCAGAGUAGAGCGGGGUCAACCAGGGACUCAGAGUGUAGCGGGGUCAACCAGGGGCCCAGAGUCGAGCGGGGUCAACCAGGGACUCAGAGUCGAGCAGGGUCAGCCAGGGACCCACAGUGGAGCGGGGUCAGCCAGGGACCCAGAGUGGAGCAGGGUCAGCCAGACACCCAGAGUGGAGCAGGGUCAGCCAGCGACUCAGAGUGGAGCGGGGUCAGCCAGGGACCCAGAGUGGAGCAGGGUCAGCUAGGGACCCAGAGUGGAGCAGGGUCAGCCAGACACCCAGAGUGGAGCAGGGUCAGCCAGCGACUCAGAGUGGAGCGGGGUCAGCCAGACACCCAGAGUGGAGCAGGGUCAGCCAGCGACUCAGAGUGGAGCGGGGUCAGCCAGCAACCCAGAGUGGAGCAGAGUCAGCCAGGGACCCAGAGGGGAGCGGGGUCAGCCAGGGACCCAGAGUGGAACGGGGUCAGCCAGGGACCCAGAGGGGAGGGGGGUCAGCCAGGGACUCAGAGUGGAGCAGGGUCAGCCAGGGACUCAGAGUGGAGCAGGGCCAACCCGGGGCCCAGAGUGGAGCGGGGUCAACCAGGGACCCAUAGUGGAGCGGGGUCAGCCAGGGACCCAGAGUGGAGCGGGGUCAGUCAGGGCCCAGAACACAGUGGAGACAUUGUCCAGCAGACACAGCACGAAGCUGGCUCCUCAUUGGGAACCAGUCGAACCCGGUCAAGCCACUUAAAUGCCCUUAUAGAAAGAUUAUAA